ACGCGCGCAGUUUUCACUCUUUCUUACAAGACCAGACCAUUCAGUCUUCGCUCUCUCUCUCCACGUAUCAUUGCACAUUCCGUCUUCUCCUGCCAGCUCAGCAUGAAACGUUCAGCGGACGCCGCUUUCGUUGUCGAACAACUCCCUGACACCCCCGGCUCUUCGUAUCCUUCGCAGCCGUCCACACCAGCACCAUCGCCGUCCCCCGAAUGCCCUUCUCGCAAACGCUCUCGCUCAGAAGUCACACCAGAGGAGCGUAAGGAGGCCCGUGCGCACCGAAACCGCAUCGCUGCCCAGAACUCCCGUGACCGACGGAAGGCACAGUUCUCCCACCUUGAGCACCGCGUAGCCGAGCUCGAGGAAGAGAACAAGCAGCUGCGGGCAGGCAUGGGCCUCGCUCCUCACUCUCCAUCUGAAGAGCAGGCUUCGCAGGAGUGCCAGAAGGAGUUAGCCCGGGAGAAGGAGAAUCAGGAAUUGAGAGAGAGAAUCAAGACCCUCGAGAACGGUUGGGACGCCGUCAUCAAGGCCCUCGCGGCUUCUGGUCUACCCCUCGCUGUCCCCACCCCACCACCACAUACCUUCGAAACACAAAUAACUGCGCCGUCACGACCCGUGUUCGCCCAGCCGACACACUCAUAUCCCUCGCCCGCCCCAUCAUCACCCUCAUCGAGUUCCGGAUUCGAGUUCGACGAGUACGAGCCCACUCGCCACCUAGCACGGGUGGCGAUCACCGAUGCCCCUCUUUUAUCUUCGGUGCCCCAGCAGCGGGUGGACUCGCCACGAAUCAACUUGGACUCGAGCUCAACCCUUCCCCUUCGACACCGGCCGUCGACAAUAUCGCCUCGAUGGCGCCCAUUGACGAGAGCGCAAUGGAAGAUCUCUUCCGCGAGAUCCUCGCGUCGUCCCCUCUACUCUCGUCAGCGUCUAUACCCGCCAGCAUCAUCAUCGAGGACGCCGCUCAGCCUGCGCCCGCGUCCUCCGAGGCGCAGAUAGCGAGCACGUCGCCCGCCGAGCCGAUCAUCGACUGGGAAGGUGAAGUGGAGAUGCAGAGACUCUUGGAGAUGCUCCCUAACGUCGCAAAUGACGCGAGCGGAGAUGUGCCUAGCGACGCGAUCGACUUUCCCUCGGCCCUUGACCUGGGCCUGAACGGAUGGGACCUGCAACUCACCUCACCAGCAGCUCCCCCCGCCGUCGCUGCGUUCUAGACGCCUCAUUCAUUCUCGCUCAACUCUUGUGUCGUAUCUUCUUGGGUCUGUUUCAGUUGCAUCCCCGCUUUCUAAUUUAUAGUGAACUCCCGGUUUCUUGACUCUCGGUUUAAUUUCGAUUUCUCAUCGUCUCUCAGACAUCAGAGGUCGCAUCCAUCCUAAUGUUCCUCACUUUAGCAGAGUCUCCACUUUACUCCUUUUCCUUCGCCUCUCUUCAUUAACUCUCUGAUGCUUGUCUCCCUGCUGCCGUCGUGGGCUUUUCUCCCUUCGGGUUGAUGAAUCGUCUGCGCGUGCCGGUCGGUGAGCGCUCAGGUUGUGUAGUUGUAGAUCGUUGGAUUCGUUUGUACGGUUUUGGUGCUGCUCUAUAGGGAAUGUCAAAAGAUUGCGAACGCCUCACUACCCCUGUGUGCGUGAGGCGAAU